UCACUUUCCCUCCACCAAAACAUGAUGGAUAAGAUUCCAGUAUUACAAACGACAACAUAAACCUAACCAAAAAAAACCACCACCUUCAUUAUCCAUCAUCAAUGAACCUCCAUUCUCUCCUCAUCACCACUCCCUUAAAACUCCAAUUCCCAAUCAAAUCCUCACUUUCCUCAACAUCAUUUUCACACACACCCACAAACCAACACUCACUCAAACUUGCAAAAUCACUCCAGACAGAAACUCUCAAGAUUCUUGAAUGGCCAUCUAUCUGCACCCAAAUUUCAUCUUUCACUUCCACAACCAUGGCGAAUUCCGCUGCGAAAAAAGGGUUCGUCCCGAUUGGUCAAACGGUUGAGGAAAGCAAGAGACUUUUGAGUCAGACUUCAGCUGCUUAUGGGCUUCCUUUUCCUCCUGAUUUUUCGGGUAUUGAGGAUGUUUCGGGUAUCGUUGAGGCUGCUGUUGCUAAUGAAUUGCUUUCGGUUAGAGAAAUUUGCUCGGUGAAACGGACUUUAAGUUCGGUUAAGGGUUUGUUUGAUGAGUUGAACAAGGUUUCAGAACAGUCUGAAAGGUACUAUCCUCUGCUUGAAAUUCUUCAGAAUUGCAAUUUUUUAAAGGAGCUGGAGCAGAAAAUAGACUUCUGUAUAGACUGUAAGUUCUCUGUUAUACUUGACAGAGCCAGUGAAGAUUUGGAGAUUAUUAGGUUAGAAAGAAAAAGUAACAUCGAGGCUCUCGACUCUCUGUUGAAAGAGGUAUCAACUAAGAUUUUUCUGGCUGGAGGUAUUGACAAACCGUUGGUAACCAAACGUCGAUCAAGGAUGUGUGUUGGCAUCAGAGUUUCUCAUAAAUCAUUACUGCCAAAUGGUAUUGUUUUGAAUGCUAGUAACUCGGGAGCAACGUACUUUAUGGAACCCAAAGAGGCAGUGGACUUGAACAACAUGGAAGUUAGGCUUUCAAAUGCAGAAAGAAAUGAGGAGCAGGCCAUUUUGGGUUUGCUCACAUCUGAAAUUGCAAAAUUUGAGUCAGAGAUUAAGUACUUGUUAGAUAGAGUUCUUGAAGUUGAUUUUGCAAUUGCAAGAGCUGCUCAUGCACGAUGGAUGAAUGGGGUUUGUCCGCUUCUAAAUGGCCCUGGUUCUUUAUUAGUAGAUAUUGAAGGUAUACAACAUCCUUUGCUUCUUGAGCCGUCUCUGAAAAGUUUGUCUGAUCGUAUACAAUCAAAAUCUAGUAAUUCAGUUCUUUGGUGUGACGGAAAUGGAGUGACGGGUCAAUGGUCUUCUGAUUCUUUGACUUUUCCUGUUCCUAUUGACAUCAAAGUUAGACAUGAAACAAGGGUGGUUGUGAUCUCAGGACCUAACACUGGGGGUAAAACUGCUUCCAUGAAAACAUUAGGAUUAGCUUCUGUAAUGCUGAAGGCUGGCAUGUAUUUACCUGCUAGAAAUCGUCCAACCCUUCCAUGGUUUGAUUUAAUUCUGGCAGAUAUUGGAGACAGUCAGUCACUGGAACAAAGCCUCUCAACUUUUAGUGGUCACCUCACACGGAUUUGUAAAAUGUUGGAAGUUACCUCUAAACAAUCACUCAUUCUUAUCGAUGAAAUUGGCAGUGGGACCGACCCAUCAGAAGGCGUGGCGCUUUCUACUAGCAUAUUGAAGUAUCUUAAGGAUAGAGUCAACUUAGCAGUAAUAACUACACAUUAUGCAGAUUUAUCUCUUUUAAAAGAGAAGGACUCCCAAUAUGAGAAUGCAGCAAUGGAGUUCUCCUUGGAGACUCUACAACCUACCUACAGGAUACUUUGGGGAAGUAUAGGUGAAUCAAAUGCUUUGAGUAUUGCUAAAUCAAUAGGUUUUGAUGAAAAUAUAGUUGAACGUGCACAAACAUGGGUCAGGAGGCUGAUGCCAGACAAGGCUGCGGAGCGGAAAGGUUUGCUUUAUCAGUCUCUAAUGGAAGAAAAAAACAGAUUAGAAGUUCAGGCAAACAGAGCUGCCCAUAUAUAUUCAGAAACCAUGAAGCUUUAUCAAGAGAUUUGGGAUGAAGCAGAUGAUCUUCCCAGGCGUGAGGCAGCUCUUAAGGCAAAAGAAACUCAAAAUAUUCAAAGAGAAGUAAUUACCGUGAAGUCUCAGUUAGCGACAAUAGUGAAGGAAUUUGAAGCAAAGAUUGCAAAUACCAGUAUUGACCAGCUUAAUUCACUUCUUAAGGAAUAUGAGUCUGCCAUUUCAUCAAUUGUUGAAGCUCACAGUUACACCGAAGAAUCGUCUGACACAGAAGCAGACAGGUCUUCUGUUAGAGUCAAGCAGGGGGACCAAGUUCUUGUUAAUGGAUUAGGAAACAAAUUGGCAACUAUAGUUGAGCCACCUGGAACUGAUGGCACUGCCCUUGUUCAAUAUGGAAAAAUUAGUGUCCGUGUGAAUGUGAAAAGUAUGAGACCUGUUCAGAGUAAUGAUACGACUCCAACAGCAAGUUCACCAUCACAGACCAAAAAGCAGGGGCAGAGGAUCACAAACCUUAAGAAUUUAUCAGAGGUUAGGAAUAACCAAGAAGUUUCAUAUGGGCCAGUACUGCAGACAUCAAAGAACACAGUCGAUUUACGUGGUAUGCGAGUGGAAGAAGCAUCUCACCACCUUAAUUUGGCUAUCGAUACAACUGGGGCUAGCUCGGUUCUCUUUAUCAUUCAUGGAAUGGGUACUGGUGUUGUGAAAGAAUGUGCACAAAAAAUACUAAGUAAACAUCCCCGUGUUGUCAAGUUUGAACAGGAUGGUCUAACUAAUUACGGUUGUACAGUUGCUUAUAUCAAGUGAGUAUAUUAUAUGUACAUUCUGGUUAAUCAUAAAAUUGGUUACCAUAUCUUUUUCUCUU